AUGAAGUCGGUGCAAGCUAAUGAUGAUGAUAAUGAGGAUCCUAACGACGAUGGCGAUGACGACCAUGACGAAGGUGACGAUGCUCAAGACGGAAAUUUUCAGCCAGAGUUCGAAAAUUCAAUAGCUGUCACCACCUGCUAUAUGUCAACACUCAGCUGUCACUUAUCAACACAAAGCUGUCACCACCUUAAACUUGCCAACACCCAGCUGUCACCACCUGCCCCUUGUCAACACCCAGCUGCCACUUAUCAACACAAAACUGUCACCACCUGUCAUUUAUCAACACCCAGCUGUCACCACCUGCCACUUAUUGACACCAAGCUUACACUUAUCAAUAUCAAGCUGUCGCCACUUACCACUUUUCAACACCUAGCUGUCACUUAUCAACACCCAGCUGUCGCAACCUGCCACUCAUCAACACCCAAAUGUCACCAUCUGCCACUUGUCAACACUCAGAUGUCACCACCUUCCACUUAUCACCACCCAGCUCACUGUACACUUACCAACACCCAGCUUUCAUUACCUACCACUUAUCACCAUCUAGAUGUCACCAUCUGCCACUUAUCACAACCCAACCCCACUUAUCACCACCUGCCACUUAUCAACACCCAAGUAUCACCACCUGCCACUUAUCAACACCCAACUAUCACCACCUGCCACUUAUCAACACCCAAGUAUCACCACCUGCCACUUAUCAACACCCAAGUAUCACCACCUGCCACUUAUCAACACCCAGUAUCACCACUGCCACUUAUCAAGUAUCACCACCUGCUACCUGCCACAACACCCCACACCUGCACUUAUCACCCCACCACUGCCACUCAACACCCAAGUAUCACCACCUGCCACUUAUCAACACCCAAGUAUCACCACCUGCCACUUAUCAACACCCAAGUAUCACCACCUGCCACUUAUCAACACCCAAGUAUCACCACCUGCCACCUGCCUCCAAAAACCACCACCACAGACCAAGAACAUCAUCUCCCACCACCGACAUAG